AUGUCUGUUCGAAUAUUUCACCGUCUGAAUUUCACGAUUCCAAAACUAAGUCAAUAUAAAGCCUUAUACUCCACACCUAUUCAGGCUCGUUCUGCACACACGAUCACUCAUGUUAGUCCACCAAGCACGCGAAAUAUUCAUCCUAUUUAUGCACCUUCGAUACAAUUCACUUCAGCACCGCGAAUACGUCUCUUGCAAACACACUAUAAAAGUUACCUAACAGAGGUUACUCCUCCAAAACCACGCAGUCGCCCGCGGAAGCCUAGUUCCAAUAUUGAUGCUAUAAAUCCCAAGAUGAAAAAGUUUUUGUCGGUUGUCGGUGUGACUAUGAUAGGUUCUACUAUUGCGUUGAUAUUAUACUCAGGAAGGCCGUUCGAAUCUGACAGGGAGAAUAAGUACAAAGACUUAGGUUUUUUUGCCGCUUGGUAUAAGAGAUUGCGAGCGCGAUUUGAAGAUCUUCUUCAGUUCUUUAUGGAGCCUCCAUCGGACAAGUUAUUGCAAGACAAGGAUACAUUACCAAACUUUCCACCACUCACUUUAGUAAUUAACCUCGAAGAAACUCUCAUACAUUCAACGUGGGAUAGACAACAUGGUUGGCGAUUUGCAAAAAGACCAGGAUUGGAUUAUUUUCUCGCAUACAUGGCCAACUUAUAUGAACUUGUCAUCUGGACUGCACAGCCCACUUACACGGCGGAGCCAUUAUUGUUAAAGCUUGAUCCGCUCGGAAUGGCUCCAUUUAAACUAACUAGGGAUCAGACAAGAUAUGUUGAUGGUAAACAUGUUAAGGAUUUAUCCAAGCUAAACCGUGACUUGUCAAAAGUAAUUAUCAUGGACUCGGAUCCUGAUGCCUACUCGUUGCAGCCGGAGAACGCAAUUUAUGUACCGCCGUGGAAUGGUGACCCCAAAGAUACAUUUCUGAUAGAUAUUAUUCCAUUUCUGGAAUAUUUCAUCUUAUUUGAUGUACAGGACGUGCUUCCGAUAAUAAAAAUGUUUCAGAAUGAAAAGAAUCUUCCACAGGCAUUUGCGGAAUGGGAAAAGAAUUGGAAGGAGCAGAGUCGUCUAGAGUGGGAGAAAGCUAAACAACCAAAGAAAGGAUUGGCGAGUUGGGCAUUCACGCUCGGUGGUGGUCAUGUGCAACAUGAAGUCACACCAGUUUAUCAAGCAGUUGAUCUCCGACGGAAAUACAUGCGUGAUGAAUUCAAUUCUCAUUAUAAGAACAUAAAAGAGCAAGCUCCACAAUUCCAAAAGAUGAUCCAAGAAGAACAAAAACAGUUCGAGCAGAUGCACUUCAAGCAGUUAAAGGACAGUAAAAUGACCGUAUGGGAGCUAAUUACUCAGGGCCCUCCACCGCCGCCAGUGCAACCGUCAGACUUUGGUAGCAGUCCACCACCGCAACAGAAUUUAGCAAGUGAACAAAAAACGGCAUGA